AUGCAACGAAGCACAAAUCCCAACCCCUGCCUAAUCGCGAUCCUCCUAAUCGUCCGCUCUUCCUCCGGCGUGAACUUCGUCUUCCACUAUCCGCCCAAGCCGAGAUCCACCCCAACACACGCCCCCGCACGGCGACAUUCCCAAUACGCUGCCUACACCAUUUCUGGGACCUCGUCCCCUUCCUCCCCAUCCACAUCUGGCUCCAGCGACGAUGACGCUGACGACCGGCAAUCCCGAACAACCGCCCGCGGGAGGACCGCCACGGAGCGAAGCGACAGUGGGAGUAAGACUCGCAGUCGCCGAAGACAGCACGUGAAGGACGAAGACGAAGGUGAUGGGAAGGCCAGGGAUGAGAAAGGGGAGGCUGUGAGGGUGCUGGGGUUCAAGGAGGAAUUUUUGGCUGGGUUAUUGGCGCCGAAGGAGCGGAUGUGUAAGACCAAGUUCGAGCUGUCGAUUGAUGAUAUGGUCUUCCUUGGCUAUCCGUUACAUGUUCGGCCCGAUGGGACAUGGAGGAAGCAGAAGAAGAAGAGGGGGCGCGAGAGGAAUGGCAGCGGUGGUUACGAUGGGGAUAUGGAUAUGGAGGGUAAUCCAGAUGCUGGGAAUACAGCUAUGGGGAAUGGAGGACACGAAGAUGAUGCCGAUGACGAGGAUGAUGAUGAGGAUGGAGAGAGCUCUCAAGGGGGUAAUUUUGGUAACAUGACCAUGUUUCAUGUUGUCUUUGUUUUGAACCCUCCAGAGUUGGAGUAUCAUUCGCGGACGCAGGAGAUGUUUGAUUAUGUGGUCAAGAGGUUUGCGAGGGCUCUAAAAUAUGAGCAGGCUAAGGAUGGGUAUGUCUGGAGGGAGGCAGAGAAGAUCGUUCGUCUGAAGGAUAAGGCAAAUCAUGAAGGUAUUUAAUCUUGUUAGUCCGAUACCAGGAGUUCGCUGAUGGGGUGCAGGGAUUAGUUUCGCAGAUUUGUGGAAAGAUAUUCUGGAUCAGAGUAGUCUUGCAUAUGCGAUCUCUAGAAUUUAUAUCGAUAUAUCCCAGUCAAAAAUAGCUCAUGUGUUUCUUAAUAAUAACCUUGGGCUCUCGCUGCAGAUGCCGAUCCUAACAGAGAUCUCUGUUAUGCCAUCGAUAACGGAGCCACAGGUUCCUGGACUGUGCGUUAUCGGCUUAUCCUAGAGAAGACCAAUGGGCUAAUAUCUGCUCUUCUAGACCCCUAACAACCGCUAAUUCGUUCGGCGAUGACGAUUCUGAGGGGGACAAUUUGCUUGCGAAGCACUUUACUCUUCUUUUUCUUGAAGAUGUAGAUGGCAUUCUGAAAGACAUUGAGGCUGAAGCAACUGAUUCCUCCGCAUCCCUGGCCCGUUUCGUCGAGGCAUGCAAACCGACCAUGUCGUAUGUGUCAAUUCUCGUCUCGAAAUCAAGGUAUGAUAUUAACAUAGACAGAUUUCUACAAAUAUCAAACUCGUGCGGAAUCCCACUCCACGAAAUCCAGGUCAUGGCCCGUCACCUAGUGCACUGGAGAAAAGCCCGUGCCAUUCCGCCUAUACACCAAAGAGACACCUACAUCGUAUCUCCUAACGCUGACCUGAAAAAGUCCGUUCUCUUUCUUCCUUUCGCCGCAGCAGUUCUGACAUACUAGCCUAGGCUCCACACACUAAUCCCAAUCUAUCGUACUCUCUUCCCCACCCUCCAGCCUCUCCCAAAACUCCUCACCCUCCUCUCUGGCAAGCCAAAGCCCUUCUCCGCUUUCAUCCCCUCCCGUGCCCAUCGCCCCGCCUAUCUUGAAAUCCUUGCUUUCCUGAUCCGCCACGGCCUCGCAACUCAACUCCGCAACUUUGCAUGGCUCCGCGUAACCCGGCAGAUAAAGCGCGCUGUAGCAGCCGAAGAGCGGCGGGCGAAAAAGGCCAACGCUGACCCCCCGCUCAACUCGCAACCGCAAGAAAAGGAGAGGGAGAGGGAGAGGGAGAAGGAAUUGACAAAGAUGACGUCUUCCAUAUCUAGCCUUUUAUCCCACAAUAACGACAGCGAUUCCGAAGGGGAGUAUGAAGAUAGCAUUAUACUCGAGCCGCAUCAGGCAAGUAGUAUUGAGAGCUCAUGGCUGGAGAUGAUGACUAGGGACCAGCCACCUGAUAUCAAGGCGUUGUUCGAUAGGAUUAUCAAGUAUCUCAAUGGACAGCAUGCUAUUGAGAAGGUUGCGGUCCGGGAAGGGAUUGCGAGGAAGGAUGUUAGGAGGGUUCUUGGGGCUUUUGAUGGGUUUGUGAUUUAUGUUAGCCUCUCUCCCCCCUCCUUCUGUGCGUGCGUGAUACUCCGGGAAAGAUGCUGAUUGGGUGCUUUCAGGCACGGCAUUGGUAGCACCCACCGCCGGUCGUUGUGAGCGAGUGGGUAACGCUUUAUUGAAUUGAUUCAAGCUGGAGGCUCAAAAAAUGUUUCGGCUAGGGAUAUUUGCAUUUAUUUUGCUUUUCUACGCUUUACUCGUGCUAUGGAGUGAAAAAAGGGCUUUUUUGCCGUGUGCAGGGUAACAUGUUGUGGAGGAUCGCCGGUAGUGCUUGUACCUCUGUGCAAUGAAUUGGCACCUUUUGGGGGGGGGAACCGUUAUUACAGGCCCUUAGAGGAGAUAAUCUGGUGCCAAUUAUUAGCUCGGAGACACGGGUAGGGUGGGAUUUGCGGAUGGGGAUCCAAGAGCUGAAAC